AUGGCUUUCCUACCCGCUCUCUUCCUGCUCGUUGCAACGGCAACGGCGACAGCAACUUCGACGGCAGAAUGUUGUGAUCUGCUCGCACAAACUUUCCCUUCGCAACUCGUCUUGCCGGAUUCGAACUCCUACAAUGCUUCCACGUCGUCAUACUUCUUCAUGCAGCAACGCGUCCUCGCUCCAACCUGUAUCGUGCAGCCCAAAUCCGACGAGGACGUUUCAAAAGUCGUCAAAACAAUACAAUCCUGCACGGACGUCGAAGUCGCCAUUCGAAGCGGAGGUCAUUCGCCGAACGUUGGCUUUUCGAAUGCUAACGCGGGCGUGACUAUCGAUCUGAGGGGCUUGAAUAAGAUUGAAUUGAGCGCGGAUGGUAACACGGUGGAAUUGGGCACGGGGAAUGAAUGGAUCAAUGUUUAUGAGAAGCUAGAUCCAUUGGGAAAGAGUGUUGUUGGAGCGAGAGUUGCAGAUGUGGGUGUUGGAGGAUUUCUCAGCGGUGGUGGAAUCUCCUUCUUCUCCCCCCGCGAUGGCUUCGGCUGCGAUUCCAUCCAAUCCAUGCGUGUCGUCCUCGCCUCAGGCGCGAUCGUUACCGCCAGUCCCCAAUUGAACCCGACUCUCUUCAAAGCGCUCAAAGGCGGCCAGAACAACUUCGGUAUUAUAACCUCCUUCACACUGCGCACGAUCACGCCCAGUCGCUUCUGGGGCGGCGCCGUCGUGACCCCCGAAUCCGCAGAUCCGGCCCAAAUCGAAGCAUUCACAAAGUUCAAGCAGGCGCCGCACGACCCGCUGCUGGAGAUUGAGCAGACCUUUGUGUACUAUGGCAGUCAAAAGAGUUACUUCGUUAGUAACAAUCUGUUCUUCCUGAGUGACAGCGAGGAUAGGAGUUCGUUGGAUCAGUUCACGUCGAUUACGCCGAAUUUGAGUAAUACCAACAUCAAACUCACCUACGACAUCUGGAAAGCCACAACUGAAAGCCUGAAAGUCCAAAUCCCCGAGCUCACGUCCGCUAUGACGUAUCAGUCUAUCCCGCCUCCAACUUCAGACACAAGUUUGUUUCCAUUCAGCACGCUCGAAGAUACCAGCAAUCUCGUGCUGCUCCUGAUAUCUGUAUACUCGCCCAAAGAGUCAGACUACGCUGUACUACAACAGUCCACUAAGGGCUUCAUCAAUGAUGUUGAGACCUUGCUCAGGGAGCCUGGAAACGGCGGCGUGAGCCCGUACAAGUACUUGAACUACGCGGCAAGCUGGCAAGAUCCGCUCAGUGGGUACGGAGAGAACACAGUGCAGGAAUUGAAGGCGACAGCGAAGCAGUAUGACCCGUAUGGCUUUUUCCAGAAUGUGGUCAAGGGCGGAUACAAGUUGAAGUAG